CUGCCGGAGUGGGGCCUCCUCUUCCUCUCCUCCUCCUCCUGCUCCUGCUCUGCUGGGCCUGCCUCCCCUCCUGCCUGGGUGUCUGUGCCCGGCCCUCAGGGUGACUCCCCCGCGGCCUUCCCUCCUCAGUCGCUCCCCUCCUCAGCGCGAUGGCGGCGGUGGCGGCGGCGGCGGCGGAACCCGGCCAUAGCGGCCGGUACCAGCAGUUGCAGAAUGAGGAGAAUCUGGAAGUUACAAAUGAUUUUCCACCACCUUACAGCAGCAUUUCUGGAGAAAACUCAGUGUAUUUUGACUACAAAGAUGAGGCUGGGUUUCCAAAUCCCCCUUCUUAUAAUGUAGCCACAACACUGCCCUCAUAUGAUGAGGCUGAGAGAACUAAGGCAGAAGCCACUAUUCCCUUAGUUCCUGGAAGGGAAGAAGACUUUGUGGCACGGGAUGAUUUUGAUGAUACUGACCAGCUGAGGAUAGGAAAUGAUGGCAUUUUCAUGCUAACCUUCUUCAUGGCAUUCCUUUUCAACUGGAUUGGAUUCUUCCUCUCUUUCUGCUUGACUACUUCAGCAGCAGGAAGAUAUGGGGCCAUUUCUGGAUUUGGCCUCUCUCUCAUUAAGUGGAUUCUGAUUGUCAGGUUCUCCACUUAUUUCCCUGGAUAUUUUGAUGGCCAGUACUGGUUGUGGUGGGUGUUUCUUGUAUUAGGCUUCCUCCUGUUUCUCAGGGGAUUUAUCAAUUAUGCAAAAGUUCGAAAGAUGCCGGACACAUUUUCUACUCUUCCCAGGACUAGAGUUCUGUUUAUUUACUAAAGACAGAUGUUUUCUGGCAGCGUUUUCCUGCAUUAAUUACUCCUCAACUAGUAAGUGAACAUCUGCAGGAUGUGAAUCAAGACUCCGAACACAACAAGAAGAAAAAUAAUCACCUGCUUUAAAAUAAAUAAAGUACUGUUGAAAAAAUAAUAAAAGGAAGCAUUUCUUUCUAUUUGUUUCUAGAUGUAAAAUUUUAAUAGUUUAAUGCAAAACUCCUGUUAUCAUUGAAUCAUUAGUGGCUAAUGUUUGAAACGGCUCUUGCAAUCAAGUAUGUGAUGUUACUAAUAAUGCCUUAUAUAGUAUUUGUAGUCCUUUGAAUAGCAUGAGCUAUAGCCCUCUAGCCAGGAGGGGUCAGUCUUGCUUUUUGUUCUCCUUCCUAAAAAAUGAACUUGGAAUAUGUUUUCUUAGUGUAAGAUAUGUAAUGAUGCUGGCCAUUGUGAAGGGGUGUUCUUGGAACGAUAGAAAUUGUUCUGACUGUGUUUCUGCACAUAUGUAUCUGUUGUUAAAAUAAAAUGAGAACAACUUGGAAGUCAAGCAUACAUGCACAAUGUGGAUAUUUUUGAGAGAAUAUUGCUAGGAAGAUGGUAUACAAGUGUUAAUUGCUGGUAAUAUGUAUUCAGUAUUUCUUAUGCUUGUACUGCACACAGUUUGGAUAGGGACUUUCACGGCGUAUGUCAGUGACAUCGAAUUGAAAUAUAUAUAAAAGGAGAUCUUCAUUUUUGUUGACUAGUACUUUUACGGUUGUCUUUAACAUAAGUACCUGUACUUUCAUUUCUAACUUCUGGUGCAUUUAAAUACAAAUUAACAUAACCUUAUGAUUUCUGCAAAGUGGUAAUUUAGAAUUUUAUUAUGUUAAAAAAUGUAAAUAUAGCAGAAUAUUAAUAAAUGUCACUUAUAUUA